ACUGGAAUUCAUCACUAAAGACUUCAAAGCCCAAUUUCAAUACCCAGCACAUGCACCAAAAGUUAACAGAGCACUUGUUGAAACUCUCUUCAAAGCACUUGUUGUGCCAUAUUUCGGUCAAAAAAAAAAAAAAAAAAAACCUCACCGUCGCCGUUGAGCUCCCAUUGUCGCGAUUAAGCUCCCACCGUCGCCAUUGAGUCCCACCGUCACGAUUAAGCUUAGCCGUUGCCGAUGAAGCUCCGUUAAGAGCCAACCGUCGCCGAUUAAGCUCAACGGCGACCCUUCGCAUUCCUUCGAACCGGCGACCAUUCGACUUCCCGGCAACCCUUCGCAUUCCUUUGAACUGGCGACCCUUCGCCUUCCUUCGAAUCGGCGACCGUUCGCCUUCCUUCCCUCAGAAAAGCAAAACUGUACCAUUUCGAUAAAGAAGGGAAGCAAUGGAAAGAGAGGGGUGUAGGGACCGUGAAGCUUCUAAAGCACAAGAAAUCUGGAAAAGUCAGGCUCGUAAUGCGCCAAUCUAAGACUCUCAAGAUCUGCGCUAAUCAUCUAGCACCAGAUGACACUCAAAAGUCCCACAGAUCGAGGCAUAGAAUGCACAAAUCAUCCGAGUCAUCUCAUAGGACUAUGAGCAAAUCCCUCUCUAGUGACUCACAGUCUAAAGGAUCUGUUUCCACUCCUCGUGGGUCCACGAAGGUUGACUUAAGCAAACUGGAGAUUGCUGCGUUGUGGAGAUAUUGGCGACAAUUGCUACUUGAUUCAAAUGGACGAGUUGCAGGUCAUUGUGGGGUUUGUUCAGGCUGCAAAGAGACUGAAGACUGUGUGCAAAUGACCUGGAGAGAAAUGGAGAGAGCAUUGUAUUCGGUUGUCUAUGCUGAUACUGGUAUCUAAAUGUCCACUUCCCUCUGUAGUGAUGUCUAUGGAAUAAUUUAUCUGUGGCUUGUCUAUGUCUCUCAUUUCAGUUAGUAGGCUAGUAAUACUCUGUUCAAGUUAUAGAGGUUCUUGCUUUUUGAUAGUGUAGCUAUGUAGAUAUAUGUAAAACUGGUGACCAAACCUCUGAAGAAGUCCAUGUGGCUAUCUUUCUGAACUUGGUGAAUGUAUUUCUGACUUGGGAAGUGGGUUUUUAAAAUGUAAAUAUUUAUAUACUGUUAUUCCUAUUUCUUUGCA